AUGUUCAAUUUUGCUGGCCAAACAAGAAAGAGGAACAUAAAUUUGGGAACAAAGAGCAAAACUAGUAAAAGAGAUAUUUUAGCGAAGGCUGAACAAGAAAGAUUAAAGAGAGCGGAAGAACGUAAAAAGAAUGAAAGCAUUAUUCUAAUUCAAUCGUACGUAAGGAAAUAUAUUGCAUGCAAACAAUUUUUUGGCAAAUCUAUAUGGUUUUUUGAUGAAGAACAAAGAAUACAUUUAUUCCCUACAUUCGGUGUCAAGCUUCUACAUUAUCUGGACGAAGCUUCUAUAUAUGACAUUUUGACAAGGGAUAGCGAGUCACUCAAACAUUAUGGUGGUGUGCUUGUGAAUAUCCAGGUCACGAAAACGCUUGCGGAGCAAAGAGACUGUCGUUUGGUAAGCGACCUUCUUCAUUGUAUGAAUCAUAGUUAUCCAAUCCCACAAUUCUUUACUCAAAAGGGUUUAAUCCCAUUUUUGAAUAGUGCCAAGAGUUUAUCAAUGGAUGUUUCUGAAAAAUUAUGUGGCAUUCUGUCAAUAUGGAACUGUGCUGGGACGGAGAUUUUAGACGAAGUAUACAGUGUUUCAUCAAAGCGAUGUCGUUCUCCUAAUGAUAUAGCUAACUUUUUCAUCUGCAUGGGGGAAAAACGUUUAUUCCCAUUGGUCUCUCAUCCAUCAUUAGCACUGCUUGAAAACCUAUGUCUCAUUUAUAGUACUACGUCUCAAAACGAUCAAUUAUUGGUUAAGAAAAUUGCAGAAUGUAUCACAGGACUGCCUGAACAAGAGAAUGAAAGUGAUGAUCCACUUGGCUCACAAAUUGCAAAUAUUUUUGAACAAGAGUUUAUAGAUAGUUUGAUAGAGUUAAUUUUUGAUGUGUCUGAGACCAGUAUCGACAUAAGUAGUCUAGCAUCACUUUUAAACCUAUCAGAGAAAUUUGAAAAGAAAAAUAAUAUUCUGGUUUUUCUUUUAACUAACAGAGCCAUAAGUCUGGAGAUCUUUGAAAAAGUCAUUGGAUUAUCAGAAGAAGAAAUUUUAACGAAGUCUUUAUUCACUGAAAAAAUAAUCACGAUAGCAAUCGAAAUGAUUAACCUAUAUCUGACUUUAACGACUGAUUCAGAAUUACUUUCUGGAAAGUCCUUGCUAUCCAUUGGACUUCUGAUAGAGUUUAGUAAAACUCUCAAAACAUUCAUUUUCAACCAAAUUUGGAACAAAACCCAAAUUUCAAGCCCAAUUGGCCCCUUGCUGUCUAAAUGUAUUCCUGUAUUGAACAGGAUAUACUUAAGAGAUUCUAGGUUAGGAUUUUGUUCUAAAGAGAAACCGAAAUUUUGGAUUAUUGAGGACGAAAAAUUUCAAAGACUAAACUUAUACAAAAUUAUUGAUAAUUAUGACAACCAAUACAGGAAUUUCAAGACCAACGUCCCAGAUGAUAGCCUCAGUGAUGAGGAAGAUGUUGAAAUGGAUGCUGAAUAUACAAAUGGUAAGCCAGGCAGUCUACGUGAAGAUAUUGAUAAUGACACAAAAUUAAGAUAUAGAGUUUUGCAUAGAAUGGUGAAUGAAUCAAACAGCAGUAAAAAUUGGAAAUCAAUAAAUAAAUUGGAAAUUCUUCUAAAAGUACCUUUUUUUAUUCCAUUUGAACAGCGCGUUGAUUUGUUUUAUACAUUAAUAGAGCUUGAUAAGCAGAGGCUGGGAACAAGAGAUCCGACAAGCGGUUUAAUGGAUAUGUUCAUGCCAUGGGGCAGCAGCGCGCCAAAUCGACAAUCUGCUGUUAUCUCCAGAGAACAUAUCCUGGAGGAUGCUAUGAAAUCUUUUAAUGGCAUUGGCGAUAAGUUUAAGUCGAAGUUGUCGGUCACAUUUGUCAAUGAAUUCGGUCCCGAGGAAGGCAUUGAUGGUGGUGGUGUUACUAAAGAAUUUUUAACGAGUGUGUCAGAGGAGGGAUUCACUGAUCCGAAAUACGAUUUGUUUCAGACUAAUACCGACUACGAUAUAUAUCCCAAGCCUACUCGAGAUUUAGCUAAAUUAAACAAAUUGGAAUUCUUGGGCAAAAUUGUUGGGAAAUGUAUUUACGAGAGAGUUUUGAUUGAUGUUACUUUCGCCGACUUUUUUUUGAAAAAACUGCUAAACUAUGGAGACCAUUUCAGAUCUUCAUUUGAUGAUUUGAGUAGUUUAGAUUUUGACUUAUACGCUAAUUUGACAAAAUUACUGUUGAUGUCCUCAGAGGAGAUAGAUUCUUUGGAUCUAUAUUUUGAACUCACAGAUAUGACGAAUGCUUCCCGGACAAUUGAAUUAAUACCAAAUGGCUCUCAUGUCAAGGUCACCAAACGAACACUUUUACAAUACAUUUUAAAGAUUGCUGAAUACAAAUUAGAUAGAACGCUUUUCGAACCUGUCUAUUUCUUUCACAGAGGUGUGAGCAGCUUGAUAGGGCCGAUGUGGCUAGAAUUAUUCAACUCUAUUGAACUUCAAAUGCUGAUAUCUGGAGGUCACAAAAAUGUUGACUUGAAGGACCUACGUGAAAACACAGAAUAUGGAGGAUACAUUGAAAAUGAUGAUACCAUCAAAUAUUUUUGGGAAAUCCUCGAAGAAUUUUCCAUGGACGAAAGAAGCAAGUUUCUUAAGUUUGUCACAUCAGUACCACAGGCUCCUCUUCAAGGGUUUGGUGCUCUAGAACCUAAAUUUGGUAUCAGGAACGCUGGUUUUGAUCUUGACAGACUUCCAACUGCAUCUACAUGUGUCAACCUUUUGAAGCUCCCAGAUUACGGAAACAAAGAGUUACUCAAAGAGAAGCUUCUCUACUCCAUCAACUCGGGUGCCAGGUUUGAUCUUUCAUAG